AUGGAUCCCCACAUCUAUAGUUCCGGUCUCUCUAGGCAGGCUUUGGUUGCCAAUCUCUUCUCUAAGGAUAGACAAGCUAUCAGAUCAGAGAUUGAGUCUUGGGGUUCGCCGCUUCCUUCCUUGUCUGGAACCCAAGAUCGGUUCUGUUGGAGGGAGGACUCGACAGGCUUGUUCUCGGUGGCCUCAGCUUGGGAGGCCUUAAGGCGGAAGAAGGCCAGAGUCAAUUGGCAUUGUCUCAUCUGGAGUAAUGCCAUCCUGCCUCGAUACCAACUGAACCUGUGGCUCAUCACCAAGAGGAGGUUGCCUACACAGUCUCUUCUCAUGUCUUAUGGUAGAAUUGAUGCUGCUUCCUACCCUUUUUGCAAUAAGGCUACUAGAUGCAAUCUCCCCUGGACCAAUAGGACUUGGGAGGAGACUCUCAGUUGGGCCAUUACCUUGCUCGUCGGCAAGGAUUUUUAUAAGUGUGUUGCCCGGUUUUCUUUUGGGGCACUGUGUCACAUCAUUUGGAGGAACAAGAAUAAUAUUCUCUUCAGGGGAGAGCCAUUAUCUAUUUCGGCCAUGAAGAAGCAUCUCCUCAAGGUCGUUAAGGAUAAGGCCCUUACCUUUAAGAAUGUUGAGGACUCUCCCAGGAUCAGGCGGAUGCAACACUCGUGGGAUGUGGACCCCAUUAUCUUUGCUUCCUCUGAGCGUAGUCUAACAUAG